GCUGAGGAUUUCUUUUGAAUUGGAAUGCGGUCACACUAACAUGCACAAUUUCGAUACCAUCGCGAUACGUGAAUUUUAUUGAUUCGCGAACAAAAUUAUUAGGUAAAUUAACACCACCACGUGCUUCCCGCCUGUGUGGUGUUAUAAACAUUAUCCUGCCGGCUACCUGGCAGACGGCACCUGUCCGCCAGAGAGCCCCGGAACAUAAGCACCCGCCACCUCUCCCCUCUCCUCGCUCAACAACAGUCCCCACCUCGGAUCCGCUCCAAAAAAAAUAAAAAAAAAAAAAUAAAAAAGGAGCUGAGCAAAAAUGGUGGACGCCGCCAGACAAAUGCUCGACGAGCUGAUGGGUCGCAACCGUAACCUGCACCCCUCGGAGGCGGGCCACAAAGUGAACUGGGAGGACCCCGAGUUCUGUCAGUUCUAUAAUGUGAGAUUCUGCCCGCAUGAUCUGUUCAUCAAUACCCGCGCCGAUCUCGGUCCCUGCUCCCGCAUCCACGACGACGAGGCCAGGCAUCUGUACGAGGAGGCACGGCCGUCGGCGCGAAAGCGCCAGUAUGAGGACGAAUUCCUGCGCUUCUGCAAUGUAAUGCUCCACGAUGUCGACCGCAAGAUCCAGAAGGGCAAGCAGCGACUUCAGUUGAUGCAGCGAGAUCAGCCGGUUGUGGCGCCGCUGGGCCGGCAGGCGGAACAAUUGGCCAAUUUGAAUGGCAGGAUAAACAAGCUGCUGGCCGAGGCCGAGGAGGCGGGCAUUCGUGGGGAUGUGGAUCAGGCCCAGGAUCUAAUGACCCUCUGCGAGGAGCUCAAGGAGGAGAAGGAGAAACUGACGAUACAGUAUGAAGCUGCCCAGCGGGCCAUCAAUAGCCUUAAUCUUUAUCCGGAGGAGGAGCCACCCGGCACAAAUCCCAGUUCAAUUGAAGCUCCCGCCACUCAUGAUGCUGCCGCCAAACCAGUUGUUCCCGGCGAGGAAGCUGCUGCUCCUCCGCCAUCAUUAGAAACGGCAGCACCACCACCACCAUCACUAUUGCCGCCAGUCCCCGAACAGUCCACCGAUGGCGAGGGUGGUGUUGGGGCGGGCACUGAUCCUAUAACUACACCGGUGGGUGAGAUGAAAACGGAAAAGACGUGGGGCCAUGAAUCGCUGCCCGAGAAACAGAUGAAAGUGUGCGAGAUAUGUGGUGCGUUUCUGAUAGUCGGCGAUGCCCAGCAGAGGAUUGAGGACCAUUUAAUGGGGAAACAGCAUUUGGGUUACUCCAAACUGCGAACCGCUGUCGCCGAAAUAAACGAGGCGCGACAGAAAGAGCGGGAACAGGAGGAUCGGUCGCGAAGGCGUGACGGAUCGGGUCGGGUCCAGCGCUUCCAUUCUUCCUACGAAGGCAGACGUGAGCCACGAAGCGAGUAUCGAGAACGGAGUCGCGAUUAUGUCCAGAAUCGCCAGCCCUCGGACCGGCGUCACCAUCACCACAAGUCGCAUCACAGCGGCUCGCAUCACUCGUAUUCGCGCAGUGGGGGCAGCAAUGGCGGUGGCAGUGGUGGUGGCAAUGCUGGUGGUGGUGGUGGUGGCGGAGGAGCUGGCGGGAACCGGAGCAGUCGGCAUCACAACCAUUACCGCCACGACAGUCGCGAACGACAUUGCCGCAGCCGGAGUCGCAGCCGCUACUAAAAAGAGACCAAAAAAAAAUAAACAAAAAAAAAGAAACUAUUAGUAACACUAACUAACUAAAGAAAAAAGAGAGAAAGAAAACAGAAAACAGAGAUGAAAAGAAAAUGUAUCAUACCUACAUUGAAGACGCGUGAAAUGAAGAAAGUGUUUUUGUUAAGCAGAAAGUCGGAAGAGUCCCAGUCGAAGCUCAGGAGCAAUCCUAAUAACGAUACGAAACGAGAUCGAGAUCCACGAACUGCAAUCCAAAAAUCCCACUCUUGUCCGCCGCCACUGGCGCUGGCGGAAAGUAAUCGAGGUACCAAAAAAAAAAAAAAAACAAAAUAAAAUCAUUAACAAAAAAAAUUUCCAAAAAAUAAUCUAUAUCAAAAAAAAAAUAUGUAUAUUGAAAAAAAAAAAAAAAAAAGUAUUCAGUAUCAGAGGAGUAUCUGAGGUGAGUCGAACCACUGGAUAUAUUCCAAAAAUCCAGUAAAAAAAAAAAUAUAAAAUAUAUAAUGUAACAAAACAGCCACUCCACACUCCGUAGACAUAUUCUUGUAUCAUAUAUUCUCUAUUUCUAAACCGAUCUACGAAGAUCCCUCUGUGUGUGACUCGUGUUAGUUGAGUUAUUUUUAUGUUUUUGGGUUUUUUUUUUCUUUCAAUAAAAUUCAGUUUAAAAGGACAGUUUAAGGAUAGUUUGUUGGAAUUUAUAGUUUUAGAGAUUUGAGAGAUCUUAACACCAUGUAUUAUUUUUUAUUUUACAAAAAAAAAGCUAAACUUUUGACUUAAGAGCACUUUUUGAAGAACCUCUAAGUUGCUAAUAUUUGCUAAGAUUAUCAAAACAUUGUAAGAAAAAAAGGUUUACAAUAGUUUAUGAACAUGAAAUACAUAAUAUACCUUGUUUUCAUUAAUUUUGUAAGGGGAGAACUGUAGUUAUCUGUUAGAUGAGGGCUAUUAGGGCUUAAGGAAUCACAGAUCGUGACAGAAACAGGUAUUUACCAAGCUCUACUGUUAUCUCUAUGCGCUUAACUAAUCCAAACAGAAACAGAUUUCACAAAUAUCAUAAAAUCAACUCGCACACCCCCUCCACACACUCACACACAGCACACACACACAAGACAUCAAGAAAUCAUAUAAUGUAUAUAUAAUAUAAUAGACAUUAGAAGUGAGACUCCUCGAACUGCAUGUGCUUUAAUGGCUUGGGGAUGGGUUCCGGAAUCCUCUCUCCCAUGUCUCUCAAAUAUAUUCCGACCACCCGACCCGAGUGGAGGUACGUAGUCGUAGUCCCUAGAACAGAGAACAUAAAACAAAAACAACAGAGAUGCAGGUACAUUUUUUCAAUUGUUUUCCCCAAAAAAAAAAACCCUAAGAAAUGUCCUUUUCAAUAAAAAUAUAAAGUUUAAAUAAAUCCAAUUGCUUAAGUUAUUAAUUUCUGUUGAAAGUUUGUUUUUUUUGAGGUUAACUCUUUAGAAAGUGUGCCCAGCCAACGAAGUUGUGUGAUUUUUAGAGUUUUGGUCACACUAUUAACUAACUAGAGAAAAGGACAUUUAAGGCGUCGGCUUGCCGUCGUAGUUGUUAAUAUUUCAAUAUAAUUUUUUUUAAAUACCAUAAUAUAAACAUAAAUAAAUAUUUAAAAUAUAUACAAUAUACUCUUCUCUUAUCGAUGUGGUGUACUGCCCCUGCACUUUCCUAUAAUAUUAUUACAAAAAAUAUAUAUAAAAAGAAUAGAAACUAUUCCCAGCGAUAUCUGCAAGCCAAAUAAUUGAUUCCCGCGAUAAAAACGAGGUAAUUGAAUUUCAAAUCAAUUGAAUUUAAAUUAUAAUUAUUAGGCAGAGAAAGAGAGAGAGAGAGAAAGAGAGAGAGACUAGCUGAGAAAGAGAGAGAAAGGGAGUUCCUUCCACAAAAUACACCCACAGACCAGUGUAUGUUCAUUUUCCCCUCCUCCUCUUCACCAAUAAGAAAAAAAAAACAAACAGGAUCAAAGGAAAAUCGAAAUCAUCGAAACGAAAGGGAAAGAUAUAUGUAAUAUGAAAAAGAGAGAGAGAGAAGAACCAACCAGGUAACUUCUAUGCCACAUCUCCAAAAACCUAAAUGUUUCUUCACGACAGAGAAUAAUCGGGAGCGAGAGCGAGCUGCCUGCAAUCAACGAACGAUCAAUUAUCAACUAUCGAUUGAUUAUCGAUCUAACAGUAAAUGAGAUUGUGAAGAGAACAAAGAGAGAGAAUGAGAAGAGAGAGGUGAAUUUGAAUUUCUCUCAUCUGCUUAUAAUCCACUAUACAUUAUUAUCCAUUACCCAUUAUCCAUUAUCCACCCUCCCCCAUUAUUAUCCAUCCCUUGUGGAACUCAAUCACGAGUUCCACAAUCGACUAAUCCUUUUAACCUAUUAUCUCUUAUAAUCGUCUAGCAAAUUAAUCAAAUUAAUUGAGUUUGACCCCUUGAUCCCACGCCCCCUCGCCCCUGCAUCCACUGAGCAAAAUUAGUAUGAUAAAUCGAAGAGAAAGCGGAUUUAAAGUUUAACAAAUAUUAGAAAAAAAAAAAAGAGAAAAACUAUUCGAUAAACUAUUCGAUCGAUCACCCCCGUAGUCAUGUAAAGAAUGUUUUUAAUUAUGAAUUACGAUAUGAGUAAGCCUAUCCACAUUCUACGUAUAUAAACUAUAUAUAUCUAUAUAUAUAAUAUAUAUAUUGAGAAACUCGCAAUAAUUUUUUAAUAAAGAAAACAAAAAAAAAAAAAAAAAAAA